GUGUAUUCUCGCGAGGCUUUGUGACCGGCAUUGAAAUUGAACACAAACGUGAAGCGCUCGUUGUAGUGACUGAAUUUGUGGUGGUUGUAGCGGAGAUUAUCGUUGACCGGCGGCGGGUGACGUCACCAUGUUGUUUUACUCUUUCUUCAAAUCCCUUGUGGGCAAGGAUGUUGUAGUAGAGCUGAAGAAUGACUUGAGUAUCUGUGGUACACUGCAUUCAGUUGAUCAGUACCUAAACAUCAAACUGACAGAUAUCAGUGUGACAGACCCAGAGAAAUAUCCUCAUAUGCUGUCUGUGAAGAACUGCUUUAUCCGGGGCUCAGUGGUGCGCUAUGUCCAGCUUCCGGCUGACGAGGUGGACACUCAGUUACUCCAGGACGCAGCAAGGAAGGAGGCUGUGCAGCAGAAACAGUGAUCUACUGGGGCAAAUUUUUUUGAGCCCAUACAAGGACUCCCUGCUACUGUUGCCUUUGUUUUAAGGCUGUUUAAUCCCUUAUUUUUCCCGAUAGAUCACAUUUAAGUAUUUGGGCAAUGGAAAAUGUUCCUAAAAACUUGUCUACAUUUUGUUUGCAGGCUCUUGUGUUCACCUGCUAUUCUCUAAAGGUGAAAUGAUAAUACCAUUAUUGUGACUUUUAUGUUUUUCACUUCUGCUUUAUUGGUGGGCUUCUCCCACUGUUGGCUCUUGCAACACUGACACCAGCAGAUGAAACCUGGGUAGUGCACUCAAGCCAGGCUUUCAUUUCUUUUUACACCUUCGUUGGUUAUUGUGCUAGAAGAAUGCUGAGACUUUUCAGAAUUCUUCAGUUUUGUUCUGCAGGCUGGUACAGAUGUUUUUUCUUUGUUGAUGGGCUUUGGGUGGAACCCUGAAUCUCUGGAGCCAUAGGUGUUUAUCUACUAAAGGCAAAUGGGCUAGUUUUGCAAGAGAAUUUUCUCUUUAGCUUAGUGAGUUAGGUGAAACUUGCUGACUUUAAUCAUCCAAAAUUUAAUGCGAUUGGGUGUUCUUUUAUAAAGGGCUUUUCACCACAAAGCAAAGAGAAACAUCCCUUGCAAAAAGACCAACCUCAAGGUGCCAAUUCAGCCUAAAAAAAAAUGUAUUUUAUUUUUCCUCAAAGGGAACUGUCAUUAAUAUUGGGACAAAGUAAAGCCAACAGGCUUAAGAACCAUUUGUUGGGAUGCAGCAAACUCAUUUUGUUUUUUGUAAUGUUAAAAGGUUUUCAGAGACAUGCCUGUCUGGGGCGAACACACUUCUUUUUUUAAUAUAUUAAAAUACUGUUUGGAUAUCA